GUGAAUGAGACUAGUUUACAACGAUACUCAAAGCCCCUCUCCCACGAAAAAUUAUUACGUCCUUUGUGCGGCAACUUCUCAGGCGAGCAACCACUGUCACCGGAACCCUAAGCAAGCAACAAUUUCUCCAUCUCGUUUAUCCCCUCUCAAGCGUCCCUCCAUCACCUCUGCGGCUUCUGUGAUUUCUGUCACAUAUCGUCGGAUUUUCCGCAUCCAGGAACAUCUGGAACAAAGUUGGAUGGAAUUCUACGAUUUGAUAUGCCCCAAGCAUUUGCUAGAGGCAUGGUGGGAAUGUAGAGGAAGACUUAAGGUUGAAUAAUGUCUUCACAAGUUUUGGUAGCACAGGAGGCACAGGAGGUCCCAGCUCCUUCCAUGCAGUCACAAACUGCUGAGUCACCUAUUCUAGAAGCUCCACAAGGUUCGCCGCCUUCAAAUCCUUCCUGCAUUCCUGCCGCAGCUGGAGGAUCAGGUAGUAAUGUUGCAGUUCCAGUUACAGACCCUCCAAAUAUAAAUUCUGGCCCAGCAGAAGCAGUAACCGUAUCCCCUACCACGAGCUCAUCAGCUCAAAGGGCUACUCAUGGUAUUGCAAGUGACUCAUCACAAGAUCCUGUUCGGGCAAAAUUUGUUACCUCACAUGGCUAUGUUGUCCCUCCACCUUCUUUUUCUUACAGUGUAUUUCCUAGAGUGAGCUCUGCCUCUGGGAUCCCACAACAAACUUCGUCUGCUCCUGCUUUAAAACUAACUCCACAAAUGUCUCCUGCUGCUCUACAACCGCCAGUCCCUGGGCAGUCCUUAGGAAAUAGACCGUCUUUUUCAUACAACAUAGUUCCACUACCUAAUGCUAGCUCUGCUUCUGGUCAGCAGUUUCAACCCCCCGCUGUGAACAAUCAAAGGCAGUUGUUGAUUGGAAAUUCUGCCCCACCUCCACCACCAUUGGCUACUGCAUGUUUGCAGCCUCCAGUACCCCGCCAACCUAUUCGCCCUAAUGCAUCCAUUUCUGCAACUGUGCCACAGAAUUUUCCACCACCCAUGCAGUUUCCUGUUCCCCCUCCUAAGGGCCAGCUAUCACCUUCAACAAACUUUUCUUUUGGUGGGGGUUCCCAAACAACGACAGUAGAGGCCUCUGUUAAGAUCUUGCAAUCCAGCACAUCUGCCUCUGACACAGUUUCUGUGGAUACUGACAUAACUUCAGCAUCAACUGGUUUAGAUUCAAAAUUGUCUCAUGAUAUGCGUACAAGUUCAUCCGUAGGCUCGACAAUUUCUCCUGUUUCUAAUGCGUCGAGCAUGUUACCUCCAACUGGUUCUUUGAUAAAUGAUCGUCUUCCAAUGGUUGGAACUUUUACAGGUAAUAAUCUGCCUAAAGCACCUAAUCCUGUUGCUGUUCAGCCAGCAAACCCCCCGGGGUCUUCAUCAGCAACAAUGAGACCUAUUCAGCAUAAUCAAGUUCCCGCACCAUCAACUCAGCCUUCCAUUACAAAUCCAACACCACAAAAUGUUCCUCAACAAAUUUAUCCACAUUUUCCAUUAGUGCCUGCACAGAUGCCUCCUCCUCAUGCUCCUUGGAUGCCUCCUCAGCCUGCUGGGUUACAAUGUCCUCGGCUGCCCCAAUAUCCAGCUGUACUUCCUGGUCCUUUCCCCUUCUCAGUGAGAGACAUGCCACCACCCUCGGUUCCUUCUCCUGAUGUUCGGCCUCCUGGUGUUUCCCAUGAGGUGAACCGUGAAGAAGCGCUUACCUCAACACCAGAGUCAUCAUUCCCUGUAAGUAAUACUGGAGCAGGAUCACCGCCCUCUGAUGCUGAUUUUGAAAAGGAAGCUAAUGAUAUCCAGGAAGAUGGUAACAGUAAAAGUGAAGAAUUGGAUGCUUGGACAGUGCAUAGAACUGAAACAGGUGUUUUAUACUACUAUAACACUAUUUCAGGAGAAUCUACUUAUGAAAGGCCUUUAAAAUUCAAAGGAGAGACUGAGAAGACUGCGCUUCAGAUUAUUCCAAUCUCGUGGGAAAAAUUAUCUGGUACUGAUUGGUCAUUGGUCACAACAAAUGAUUUGAAGAAAUACUAUUAUAACACCGUGAACAAGGUUAGUAGCUGGCAAGUUCCUGCAGAAGUUUUGGAAAUGAGAAAAAAUCAUGUAGCAAACUCUUCAAAAGAGGAGAAUGCUAGCAUUCCCGCAGAUAAGGGAACUACGCCUAGCAGUUUGAAUGCUUCUGCUCUGCAAACAGGUGGUCGUGAUUCUGUGACCUUGAGAACUUCAAGUGGACAAGCGUCUGCAUCAGCAUUGGAUUUGAUAAAGAAGAAGCUGCAGGAAUCUGCUACCCCAAUUGUGUCGGCACCUCUUCAAACUUCAGCUUCCCCUGCAUCUGAUUUAAAUAGUACAAGAGCUCUAGAUGUUUCAGCUAAGGGGCAGCAACCUUUAAAUAGUAAGGACAGAGUUAAAGAUGCUAAUGGAGAAGGAAAUAUUUCAGAUUCGUCAUCUGAUUCAGAUGAUGACGAAAGUGGGCCAACAAAGGAGGAGUGCAUUAUUCAGUUCAAGGAAAUGCUUAAAGAAAGAGGAGUGGCGCCAUUCUCAAAGUGGGAAAAAGAACUUCCAAAGAUAGUCUUCGAUCCACGCUUUAAGGCAGUUCCAAGUUAUUCUGCUAGACGAGCAAUCUUUGAACAAUUUGUUAGGACACGUGCUGAAGAAGAGAGGAAGGAGAAGAAAGCUGCUCAGAAGGCUGCAAUUAAUGGUUUCAAACAGCUAUUGGAAGAAGCCUUGGAGGAUAUGAAUCACAGACUAGACUUCCAAACAUUCAAAAGAAAAUGGGGAGGUGAUCCACGGUUUGAAGCCUUGGAUCGUAAAGAAAGAGAGUUUCUUUUCAAUGAAAAGAUACUUCUAAGGAAGAAGGCUGAUGAAGAAAAGAUUAAUGCAGAAAGAGCAGCAAGUAUGAGUAGCUUCAAGUCAAUGCUGAAGGAGUGGCAGGAAAUAUCUACAAGUAGUCGGUGGUCAAAGGUGAAAGAUAAUUUGAGAAAUGAUCCAAGAUACAAGACUGUUAAUCAUGAAGAGAGGGAAGCUUUAUUUAAUGAAUAUAUUGCUGAACUUAGAGCAGUGGAACACGAGGCAGAGCGUGCUGCAAAGGCUAAAAAGGAUGAGCAGGAUAAGCUAAAGGAAAGAGAGCGGGAAAUGCGGAAAAGAAAAGAAAGAGAGGAGCAAGAAAUGGAACGGAUUAGGCUGAAAGUUCGAAGGAAGGAGGCUGUCAGUUCCUAUCAAGCCUUGUUGGUAGAGACAAUUAAAGAUCUGAAGGCUUCCUGGACUGAUUCGAAGCCCAAGCUGGAGAAGGAUCCUCAGGGUCGUGCUACAAAUCCUGAUCUUAAUCAAGUUGAUGCAGAAAAGCUUUUCCGAGAUCACAUCAAAGACUUAUAUGAGCGAUGCGCUCGUGAUUACCGAGUUCUAUUAGCCGAAAUCCUUACAGCAGAUUCAGCUGCCCGGAGUUCAGAAAAUGAGAAGAACUUUCUCAACUCAUGGUCAGAAGCUAAACGGGUUCUAAAGCCUGAUCCCAGAUACUCGAAGAUGCCAAGGAAAGACAGGGAAGCUUUAUGGCUAAGAUAUGUUGAAGAUCUGAUGAGAAAGCAGAAGUCUGGAGCUGACACAAAAGAAAAGUUUAAUUCCGAAGGAAAGAACAGAAGCCCUGCUGAUGCUUCGCGGAGAUCACCAAGGAGAUCUCAUGUUCGGAGAUAACCUAAAAUUUCCAACAAAUUUUCAUAUAGAACUUUAAAUGUUCCUCGCAAUACCCUAUAUAUCUCUUCAUCUCAGAGAACUACUUAUUAGCUUCGAUGUUUUUUACUUUGUACCAUUUUUUUUUAAUUAUAAUCAGGAGCUUAGCUUUUCUUGGUGAAUCACUUGAUACAAGAUCUAAUGUUAUCCCACAGGUUCGAAGAAGUUUUUGAAGUAUUUGUGUUUUGGACACUAAGAGAGAGAAAGAUAAGCUUAAUAGUUUCAUGUAGUGAUUUAUUUCA